CGAGAUUAUUGCUAGCAGCUUCUUCUUCUCCUUCCUCAGAAUCGCUCCGAAUCGUGGCUCCGGAGCACCUCCUCUCCGCCUCCGGUUAAGCCGCCGCCGCCCCUUCUUAUCGAACCGCCUUCCAAGUCUUCCCUUUCGUCUAUGUGCGGAGUGAGUGCUAGGCUCUGAAACCGGAGGUCAGAGUUAGUCUCCCGCACCUCAUCCAUGGCGUCUCCUUCGGCUAAUCUAUGGGUGCUGCUGGGACUAGGCAUCGCUGGGAUUCUGCUGGUGACGAGGAAGCUGAAGAAGGCCGUGAGGGAAGACUUCGGCGCCUUCGUGCAGAGGCUUCAGCUUCUUCCGCCUCCUCAGCCACCUCCCCCUAAGGCUCCUCAUCCUCUCACCGGACUUACCUUCGCCGUCUCCGACGUGUUCGAUAUUGAAGGAUAUGUGACUGGUUUUGGCCAUCCUGACUGGGCGAGGACACAUGAAGCAGCUUCUCGGACUUCACCUGUUGUUGCGGGACUUGUUGAAGGUGGUGCGACUUGUGUAGGGAAAACCGUUGUCGAUGAGAUGGCUUAUAGCAUAAAUGGAGAAAAUAAGCAUUAUGGAACACCCACAAAUCCUGCAGCUCCUGCACGUGUACCAGGCGGAUCCUCCAGUGGAGCUGCUGUAGCUGUAUCUGCUGAUCUUGUUGACUUUUCCUUGGGUGUUGAUACUAUCGGUGGUGUGAGAGUGCCUUCUGCCUUUUGUGGUAUUCUGGGAUUCCGAUCCUCGCAUGGAUUGGUUGCAAAUGCAGGGUUUAUACCUGUCUCCCCGAGCCUGGACACUGUUGGAUGGUUUGCUAAGGAUCCUAAUAUUUUACGCCGUGUUGGCCACAUAUUGUUGCAAGUUCCAUUUGCAGUUCAACGUACACCUAGGCAUAUGAUACUUGCCGAUGAUUGUUUUCAACUUCUAAAGAUACCCACUGAUAGGGUUUCUCAGGUGGUAAUCAAGGCAACGGAGAAGCUUUUCGGAAGACAACUUUUGAAACAUGAAAAUCUUGAGGAGUAUUUCAAUUCUAAUGUUCCAAGCUUGAAGACAUUCAAUGGCUGGAAAAGCAAUGGUGGAUCAAAAUAUUCAUCCUUGAGGAAGCUUGCAGAUGUUACCCUGUUUCUGCAAAGGUGUGAAUUUAAACAAAAUCAUGAAGCAUGGAUUGAUGCAGAAAAGCCUGCUCUCGAUCCUCUUAUCCAAACACAGCUACAUGAUGUGCUAGAGAAAAUGGAUACAGAUACAGAGAACUGCAAGUUGAUCAGAAAUGAAAUGCGCUCUGCUGUGAACUCUCUUUUAAAGGAUGAUGGAAUUUUGGUCAUUCCUACUGUUGCUGAUCCUCCUCCAAAACCCGGUGGGAGGGAACUCCAUUCUGAGGAAUACCAAAACCGUGCUUCUAGUUUGUUGAGUAUUGCUAGUAUUUCAGGCUGCUGUCAGGUUUCUGUACCCUUAGGUGUUCGUGAUAAGUGCCCUAUCUCAGUAUCCUUCAUAGCGAGAGGUGGGGGUGAUCGCUUUUUGCUCGAUAUGGUUUCUACCAUGUAUACUGCUUUACAGGAAGAGGCUGAUGUUGCUAGCAAGAGCAAGUUUACAAAAAAUGCCCCCUCGCAAGAGAGCUAUGCUGAAAUUGCUAAAGAAAAGGGUAAUCAAGCAUUUAAAGAUAAACAGUGGCAGAAGGCUAUUGGCUUCUAUACAGAGGCAAUCAAAUUGAGCAGCAGUAAUGCUACCUACUACAACAAUAGGGCAGCAGCAUAUCUCGAGCUGGGAAGUUUUCUCCAAGCUGAGGCAGAUUGCACUAAGGCGAUAAAUCUCGAUAAAAAGAACGUGAAGGCCUACUUGCGAAGAGGAACCGCUAGAGAGAUGCUGGGCUAUUAUAAGGAGGCCAUUGAAGACUUCAGCUAUGCACUCGUUCUCGAGCCGAACAACAAGAGAGCAGCCCUAUCUGCCGAUAGAUUGAGGAAGCUGUUCCAGUAGCGCGUGGCUUCUAUGCACAAUCUCUCUCAUCUUUCCGUCCCUUGGUUAUUUAUUGGUGGCCUCAAGGAAACACCAACCGGAACCAAUGAAUCACCCAAGCGGUCUCCUCUCCUCUAGCACAGGCACAUGUACCAGCAAACCAGGGAACCGUUGUUGAGAGGCCAGCAGCACUGCCUCAUCCCCUUUUUCGGCAAAUACGGAUGUUUUAUCCAGUUUUGUGCUUCUCGUGCAGACUUCUCAUUGUUUUUUUUUUUUGGUAAUAGUAGCUCUUCGAGAUGACGGGAUCUGACUCCCUGAUUACACAGCAGUUUUGUCAUUUAUAUGGCAUUGGCGGUAAAAUUUUACUUUGGCUCUGAUGUUAUACUCCGAGUCGGGAUGCACAUCGGGAUAUGAAUAGAUGGUCUCACAUUCGACCACAAAGCUAAAAACAGGUUGUGAGGUGAAUAACAUGCAUCUCCAUAUUCAGCUUUUUUGGUUUAA